AUGACUCCGCCGCUGCCCCAGCCACCUCCGCCUGGCCCGGACCCCGCCGCAGACUCCGCCACGGACCCCCGCCCAGGCCCAGGACUCCUGGUAGUCCUGUUCGGGGCCACGGCCGGUGCGCUGGGGCCCGACUUGGGCUCCGACGAGACCGACUUAAUCCUGCUAGUCUGGCAAGUGGUGGAGCCACGGCGACGCCAGGUGGGUACGCUGCACAAGUCGCUGGUGCGCGCCGAGGCGGCCGCGCUGAGCCCACAGUGCCGCGAGGCGAGUGGCCUUAGCGCGGACAGCCUGGCGCGGGCUGAGCCGCUGGACAAGGUACUGCAGCAGUUCUCACAGCUGGUGAGUGCAGAUGUGGCGCUACUUGGUGGGGGCCCCUCCGUGCUCUGCACUGACGGGCAGCAGCUGCUUCGCCAGGUCCUGCACCCCGAGGCCUCUCGGAAGACCCUGGUGCUCCCCGACACCUUCUUCUCCUUCUACGACCUCCGCAGAGAAUUCCAUAUGCAGCACCCAAGCAUCUGCCCCACCAGAGACCUGACCGUAGCCUCCAUGGCACAGGACUUGGGGCUGGAAACAGAUGCCACCGAGGACGACUUUGGAGUGUGGGAAGUAAAAACGAUGGUAGCCAUCAUCCUCCACCUGCUAGAAGCGCCCAGUGGUCAAUUAUUUUCAAAGCCAGAGGUGGUCAAGCAGAAAUAUGAGACAGGGCCUUGCAGCAAGGCCGACGUGGUGGACAGUGAGACGGUGGUGCGGGCCCGUGGGUUACCCUGGCAGUCAUCAGACCAAGACGUGGCUCGGUUCUUCAAGGGGCUCAACAUUGCCAGGGGCGGUGUAGCCCUCUGCCUCAACGCCCAAGGCCGCCGCAACGGCGAGGCGCUCAUCCGCUUUGUGGACAGCGAGCAGCGGGACCUGGCACUGCAGAGGCACAAACACCACAUGGGCGUCCGUUACAUCGAGGUGUAUAAAGCUACAGGAGAGGAGUUUGUCAAGAUCGCAGGGGGCACCUCGUUAGAGGUAGUCCGUUUCCUGUCCCGGGAAGACCAGGUGAUCUUGCGGCUGCGGGGACUGCCCUUCUCAGCCGGGCCAGCCGAUGUGCUGGCCUUCCUGGGACCAGAGUGCCCGGUGACUGGGGGUGCCGAUGGGCUGCUCUUUGUGCGCCACCCUGACGGCCGGCCCACGGGGGACGCCUUUGCCCUCUUUGCUUGUGAGGAGCUGGCCCAGGCUGCCCUGCGCAGGCACAAGGGCAUGCUGGGUAAGCGAUACAUUGAACUCUUCCGGAGCACAGCAGCCGAGGUACAGCAGGUCCUGAACCGCUAUGCCUCCAGCCCGCUCCUCCCCACCCUCUUCCCACUGGCAGCUGGAACCGGCAGGGACUGUGUCCGUCUCCGGGGUCUGCCCUACACAGCCACCAUCGAAGACAUCCUGAGCUUCCUGGGGGAGGCCGCAGCUGACAUCAGGCCCCACGGUGUGCACAUGGUACUCAACCAGCAGGGCCGGCCGUCAGGUGACGCUUUCAUCCAGAUGACGUCGGCAGAGCGGGCCCUCGCUGCCGCUCAGCGGUGUCACAAGAAGAUGAUGAAGGAACGCUACGUGGAGGUGGUCCCCUGCUCCACAGAGGAGAUGAGCCGUGUGCUGAUGGGGGGCACUUUGGGCCGCAGUGGCAUGUCCCCUCCACCCUGCAAGCUGCCAUGCCUCUCGCCACCCACCUACGCCACCUUCCAGGCCACACCGGCCCUCAUUCCCACCGAGACUGCAGCUCUGUACCCUUCCUCGGCACUGCUUCCAGCUGCCAGGGUUCCUGCCACCCCGACCCCUGUUGCUUACUACCCAGGCCCAGCCACUCAGCUCUACAUGAACUAUACCGCCUACUACCCCAGCCCUCCAGUCUCCCCUACAACGCUGGGAUACCUCACCACGCCCCCUGCCGCACUGGCCUCGGCCCCCGCCUCUGUGUUGUCCCAGCCAGCAGCCUUGGUCCGCAUGCAGGGUGUCCCAUACUCAGCCGGCGUGAAGGACCUGCUCAGUGUCUUCCAGGCCUACCAGCUAGCCCCGGAUGACUACACCAGUCUGAUGCCUGUUGGUGAGCCCCCUCGCACUGUGCUACAGGCCCCCAAAGAGUGGGUGUGUUUAUAGGUGAGGGAGCCAGGCGGUAGCUCUGCCAGCACGCCCUCCUUGUGGACUCAAAAGUACCAGCGCCUUGACCCGGGGCUUCUUGUCAAAGUUCUCAGAAGGCACCGAGGAGCCUGGGCCCUGCUCCACUACCCACUUACUCUUCUGCCUGCUCAUCCCCCAAAAUGCUGGCUGAGCCCUGCUUUCAGGGCUGGCUGUGGAAUGGCGUUGCCUUGGGUACCUGGAGAGCCUUGGGUCUGUCCUGGAUACUGCUUGUGCCCACCAACUGGCAGGGCAAGGCAGGCGACCCUACUUUCGAAAGUGUAAACCCUGUGCUUUUGAUGGCGGACUUCUGCAAGAACCAAGGGCCCCUGGACCUCUGAGUAAAGCCGCCUGGAGCUCUUCAGACUGUGGACAGUCUCAGGUCAGGUUCCAGAUUCUGUGUGGCCAGCAGGCUCAAGGAGCACUAGAAGACAAAGCACAGACCAUCCUGACCGACUAUGCUGCAAUCACCCCGGAGAACACUAGGGGGCGAAAGGCUCCCACACGAAGCCUAGGGCCCAGACUACGAAAGGGUAAUUCCGCCUAUGUUCCUCGCACACCUGCAGCAGAUACUGUGGACUGUCCUGUGCACUCAAUAAAGGGUGCAGAACUGAAGUCUUGGAAAGAAUUUGGAACUCUCCCCUCUCCUCCGUAAAAUAAACAGGUCCCUGGCCAA